AUGGUGAUGUUCAGUCCAGCAACGACAGGUACCAUCAAAUUCCUAGCCAUGGACCUUCCUCAAGAGAGAUGUGCCACCGAUUAUCUCGCCAUAUAUUCGGGGACCUCGACCUCGUCCCCUCUCAUCACGACGAUCUGCGGAGACGAUGCCAGAACCAUACAUUUUAAGGGCCCGAACGUCCUGGUCGAUUUCAGCACCGGGACCUUCCUCCCGCCCUACAAAUUCAGUGGUUUCCACGCGACGGUCGAUUUUGUGGACGUAUUAGGCAACCCGCAGAUACCACCGCCCACGCCGCCCGACAGUACGCACAUCAUGAGUACCCUACAGGCGGGCACAGCGAGAGCCACGGAUGCCAUCGAGUGUACUGGGGCAACGGCACCAGGCGAGGGCAACUUCAAUACUUUGUAA